UACAGAACGAAAGUUCAAAGUUCAAACAUUGUAAACAACUUGCUUUGAAACGGUAUGGCCAGGAAGCCAGAUUUGUUAGGCUAUUAAAGAGGUUGGAAGAUGAAUAAACUAAAGCUACUCACCUUUGAUGUCAACAAUACACUAAUCCGAGUACAGCAAUCUGUUGGGCAUCAGUACUCGAAAGCAGCAUCCACAUUUGGUAUUCAUGCGGAUCCUGGAAAAGUUCAGUCUGCCUUUUUCAAAGCUUAUGCAGAGCAAAAGUCCAAACAGCCAAAUUAUGGAGAGAAAAUCAAUACUACUACUGAAAUAUGGUGGACCGAAAUUAUUAAAAGAACAUUUUCUUCUCUGGGACAUUCUAACGUAACAGUACUUGAACAAAUUGGAGCGAAGCUUUUCCGUGACUUUCAAGAACCCCAUUAUUGGGAUGUAUAUCCGGAAGUUAAGAACGUACUAACUUAUCUGAACAGAAAAGGAAUAUGUCUUGGUGUGAUUUCAAAUUUUGAUGAACGUCUGGUUCCAGUUUUAAAGAACUUAGACCUUGCUUCCCAUUUUGCAUUCAUCAUACAAUCAGUUUUUGCAAAAUGUGAGAAACCAGAUCCUAAAAUCUUUCAAAUGGCAAUGAGUCUUAUGAAGCUUGACCCAGGUGAAUGUUUACACAUCGGCGAUAGCGUCAAAAACGAUUUUUAUGCUGCACAAGAUACUGGCAUGAAUGCUUGCCUCAUAGACAGAGAUGGCUUGCUUCAGAAGAAUUAUCAAAAUAUUGAGAAAAAGCAAUUUCUUCAGGACUUGGAAGAGUUGAGACAAUUUGUGUCUUGACUCAAAUUUAGAGUACUCUAUGUGCGUACAAUUAUCAAUAAAUACACUCAUGAUUGCAAUUUUUGUGUUGUUAACUUUGUAGCUUGAGACUAAAUAUCCUGUAGCUUUUUAAAGAAAAAUAAAGCCAAAUGCAAGUUGAAUUUAAUCUAAUCUUAAAUCAUCAUCAUCAUCAUCAUUGGUAUUUUGCUUAUUGCAGCCGGCCCUUGUAAAAUUUGUUUUUAUAGUUCCCUCCAUUCAGUGCAAUCUUCUGCCUUCUCUUUAUUGCAGCAUAGUCACCCAACUCUAAAUUGUCUAAAGCCGGUUCCGGAUUCACAUUGCGCGAAUUGAAAGCAUUGGUUCCUGUGCAUUCGCAUUUCUAUAGGAGUUUUUCGCUUCAGCGAAAUUGUAGUUCAAACUGUUCCUACUUUUUGAGGAAAAAGGAAAAAAAUGUGCGACCAAUCAAAGCUCAGAAAGCGAACCGGCACUUUCAAUUUGCACUAGUAUAUUCGCCUAGUGUAAAGGCUUAAUGAACCUUUUCUUCUAUCCCUUCUUCCCUUCCAAUCUUCCUUCAAUUACAUCUUCCAGCAAACUGUUUCUGUUAAGUAUAUAACCAAUCCAUUUCUUACUGUUUCUAAGAAAAGCAGGUUCAACAGUUGUCUGUCUUAAUUACUUUUUAUUCUUAAAGAGCAAAUAAAAUGUUGGGUGCAAUCUGGGUACAGGUUAAUGUACAAAGAUUUACCUUAAAUACAAUCGAAGAAAAUACCCACAAAACCAACUUCCUUUUUGUCCAUUUAUUAAAGAUCACAACAAUGUUUUCAACUCAACAAUCUACACAUAUGUGAGCUAAACUAAAACAUUGACAUCACAUAAAAACACAAAUGAGCCACUUAGUAAACUACAGUAUUUUGAAUUACCAGUUCAAACAAGGUAUACAUCAUGGUACUGCACACUCAUUGCAAUCUUUAAUUUUCUUCCAAAUUCGUCAGGACAUCCAUCCAUCAAUACAAAAAAAAUCUGUUGUUACUUUGGCAUCAGAAAUAUGAAAACUAGAACAUUAUGAAAACUGUUGUGUAUGAAAUGUGCUUUACAGCAAGAAUGCCUUACAUCAAUUUAAAAUAGUAAUAAUACUGUACUUAUCUACAACCUAAGGGAUCAAGCAUUAUUUUCAUAAUUUUCACAAGAGUACAAAACAUACUCUUCGGGGUGUUACCAUUGUAUUUGUAUGUACUCACUUAAACAAAAAUUGAUAAUUUAAAAUUGACAAAAAAAUAUAUUGUGUACUCUUUUGCAGGAGGGUGUAAGAGGAAAGGAAAGAGUAUGUUUUGUAUUCAUGAAAACAACAAUAAUAAUGGCUGACCCCUAUCAAUUAAAUUAAUAAUAAUAAUGCACUAUCCUGGUUAUCCUGGUCAUUGCAAACCCCUAGAACAAAUCCCAAGGGAGCACCAUUCCUUAAGCAGCCAGAACCAGUGCCUCUUAGGUACCCUGGGUAGAGACAGAAUGCCAAAUAAAGUGCCUUGCUUAAGGAUACAAGCAAAAGUGCACAUUGAGGGACUCAGGCCUUGAUGUUAAAGGCUUGAACUGCAUAUAUAUGCAAAUUACACAUAAUGUAUAUAUACUAUAUAUACA